CUUGCGGAACCUUUGUGCUGGAAACUUGCUCUUAGACGGAAUAUUGAGACCGACGCACUCACACAGAUGUACAUUUGAAACUCCCGUGGACGUUUUAUUCAUUCCAAAGUUAUGCUCUUGUUCUCCAAAUUAAUAAUGUGAACUCGUCUGGUGUCAUUUAUCGCGUUUUCAACCCAGUCCUAAAAUGAGGCGAAUAGUCAAAAAAACAUUGCUUGACAUCGUUGCAUUAGCACGGACGUCGCCCAAGAACGCCGGAUAUGCACUUCGUGGGCUUUCUACAGCCUCUGACCCGAACACAAAGGUUUGCAUUGUGGGAGGAGGUCCGGCUGGUUUUUACACUGCCCAGCACCUUAUAAAGGGUCGUCCCGAUGUGCAGGUGGAUGUCUACGAGCGCCUUCCCGUCCCGUUCGGCCUUGUGAGAUUUGGGGUUGCCCCUGACCACCCCGAGGUCAAGAAUGUCAUCAACACCUUCACUCAGACGGCCCAGCAUGAGCGCUGCCGAUUUCUGGGAAACGUCAACGUUGGCAAAGACGUGAGCGUGGAGGAGCUGAGGCAGGCUUACCAUGCAGUGGUGAUGAGUUAUGGUGCUGAGGGGAACCGCAGUAUGGGUGUACCAGGGGAGCACCUGUCUGGUGUGUACUCCGCCAAAGACUUUGUAGGCUGGUACAACGGACUGCCAUACAACAAAGAGCUCCAACCAGACCUCAGCCAUGAAACAGCUGUGAUCCUCGGUCAGGGAAAUGUUGCACUGGAUGUUGCUCGGAUACUCCUUGCUCCCCUAGACAUGCUGAAGAAGACCGACAUUACCCAAGCUGCCCUGGACGCCCUGGCGAGCAGCAAGGUGCGGAGGGUGCUGAUCGUGGGUCGGCGCGGCCCGAUGCAGGUGGCCUGCACCAUCAAGGAACUGCGUGAGAUGGUGAAUCUCCCUGAAACACAACCUGACAUGUUGAUUGACGACUUUCAGGGCAUAAAUGAGGCCUUAAAAGACCUGCCACGGCCCAGGAAGAGACUGACGGAGCUGAUGCUGAAGGCGCUGAAGGAGCAGGCAGCUAAAGAGGCGCACAGGAAGUGGGGUUUCCGUUUCCUGCGCAGCCCUCAAGAGGUUCUGGCCAGCACAGAUGGCACACGAGCCGCCGCCAUCCGAUUGGCUCUCAACAGACUGGAGGGGUCGGGGGACGGGGCGCGCGCGGUGCCCACCGGGGAGGUGGAGGAGGUGCCGUGUGGCGUUAUCAUCAGUAGCAUCGGCUACAAGAGCCUACCCAUCGACCCCGCCGUGCCCUUUGACCUCCGCAGAGCCAUCAUCCCCAACAACAUGGGCCGCGUCCAGGACACGUCAGGCCUGUACUGCAGUGGCUGGGUGAAGAGAGGUCCCACCGGUGUCAUAGCAACCACUAUGAACGAUAGCUUUGACACAGGACGCGUGUUGCUUCAAGAUCUGGACUCGGGAGCCAUCAACUUCUCUGAGGCAAAGCCUGGAGCGCAGGGUAUAGCGCCCCUACUGGAGAAGAGAGGGGUGCGUCCUGUGGGAUUUCAUGACUGGGAGAAGAUAAACGGCGAGGAGGUGCGGAGAGGAGCGGUGCAGGGGAAACCCAGAGAGAAGAUGCUGGACGUGCAGGAAAUGCUCUCCGUCGCCUGGACCUGAGGACGGCCCAGAAACCGCUCGCAAACAUCGCAAAAACAUCACACAAAUGUCUCAAAAGACAGCCCUCAAACUCCUCAGAACAUCACACAAACAUCUGAAAACAACACACGCAAAUGUCUGAAAACACUGCACUCAAAUAUCUCACAAUAAUGCACACAAAUGUCUCAAAACAACUGUCUCAAAACACCACACAAACAUCUCAAAAACAUCACACAAAUGUCUCCCACAAACUCAAAACAUCCCACAAACAUUUGAAAACAACAACACACACAAAUGUCUCAAAACACUGCACACAAAUGUCUCAAAACACUGUACACAAACAUCUCAAUAACAUCACACUAACAUCUCAAAACACUUUACGCAAACGUCUCAAAACACAGAACACAACUGUCUCAAAACACUGCACACAUAAGUCUCAAAACUACAAAUUAUUCGGAUAGCACCUCACUCUAGCACAGACCUAAUCUGGGUCUGGUGAAACCUGAAUACUUGGAUCCUUACCAAGUCUCAAUGGUUGGAAUGAAAUCAGUCAAAUUGCCUUUAAAAUACUACCUGUGGAUUUUCAUUCUAACUUACUUGAUACUUGAAUACUUGAUGCCAUACAGUUAAUACGAUUACAGUUAAUGUUUGAUUUCUGGAGCUUCAGAUUGGUUCAAAUUGAAAGUCAGAGAAGGCCAAUCCUGCAGACAGUCCACAAAGCACAACUGUGUAAUUAGACAACUGUGCAUAGUGAAACAGUGUGUGUGUGUGUGUGUGUGUGUGUGUGUGUGUGUGUGUGUGUGUGUGUGUGUGUGUGUGUGUGUGUGUGUGUGUGUGUGUGUGUGUGUGUGUGUGUGUGUGUGUGUGUGUGUGUCACAUAAAUCCUGCUCUGCCCUUUCACAUGUGGACCAGAAGCCAGGUCAGGCUCGUACCAAAGCUGCUCAUUGUGUUUGUUAUAGCUGUUGUAUUACAUUAUGUAUAAUAUAUACUCUUAUUGUUGGAGCAGUUCAAUUGCAUUAUACAAUUGUAAAUGCAAAUCAAUGGUAGUCGCUUUGAUGGUACUCUUGUAAAAACCAGAAAAGCAGUACAACAAACUGCAGAAACUGACUGAAUAUGGCAAAAUGUACCAUGGAGGCGUCCAUUUCUGUAGGUAUGCACUGUUGAAUCAUAGACAUGCUUGCUUGCUAUAUUUUUAAAUGUGUACUAUUUCUGCUGGAGCAGCAAUUAUUAUUGAAUUGCAGAAAUGCAGUAUCUUGGGUGAAAAUGUUAAAUUUUUGUAAAUUUAGAUUUGAGUAAAUAUUAUUAUAUUAUCAUUAAAUAUCAUGCCAGUUUUUAAUCAUACUUGUUUGUCACUGGGUUUUGCUUAUUAUGUAUGUUAUCAGGAUCACAAGAGCACUUACACUGGACUGGCACAGCAGCAGACAGAGAGACCGACACACAGAUAACACACACACAAACACACACACACACACACACACACACACACACACACACACACACACACACACACACACACGGAACAAACAACACAGAUAAUGCAGACAGACACAACACAGACAGACAAACGCACAAACAACACUCAAAACACAGACAGGCAUACAGACAGACAAACACACAAACAACACUCAACACAGAUGGACAGACACAGACAAACAACACAGACACACACACACAGGAGUAGCUGGAGAAGCUCUGAGAUGUGCUCCCCACUGUCUGUGUCUUGCACUGCUAUUGAAUUUAAUUUAAUCUGACCACAAACACUGUUAUUUUACAUCGCUUUGUGUGUUAUCUUAUCUGUCCAGUGCCAAAAUAAAAAUGUUAUACUUGCACCGACA